UUUUCAGCCCUGAAGAAGGACAAUAGCGGCGGAGCGGCGCGCAGAGGAAACACUGGCCAGGCCUGGAGAGAGGAAAUGCGGACAGAGGAACCACAAGCCCAGGACGCUUUUAGGGACAGGAAGAGAUGUGCGGUGUGUAUUAAAAGAGGGGAUUUGGAUUUCUGGCUCGAACAGGAAGAAUAAGAAACGAGGACUGGUUUCAUGUACCGUUAAGUGAUUGCCAGCACUCUCACUCUCCACACCUGCUCCUGUGGAAAAAAUGAGCUCCUCCCCUGUUGUGUCUCGAGUGUCUGUGGACAUCCUGGAGGAGCUGCAGCUCUUUGCCGCGCAGAACCUGGAGAAGCUCGAGGUUAACAAGUAUUAUGAGGUGAUCCGCGAGCUCGGCAAAGGCACCUACGGGAAGGUGGACCUUGUCAUUCAUAAGAUCAGAGGUACCAAGAUGGCGCUGAAAUUCCUGAAGAAAAAAACGACUAAGCUCAAGAGUUUCCUGAGGGAGUACAGUAUCUCGCUGUACCUCUCCCCGUGCCCCUUCAUCAUCAACAUGUUCGGGAUCGCGUUCGAAACCGAGGAAUACUACGUGUUCGCGCAAGAGUACGCCUUAGCGGGGGAUCUCUUUGACAUCAUUCCUCCACAGGUGGGACUUCCGGAGCCUGUGGCUAAGCGCUGUGUCCACCAGGUGGCCCUUGCCUUAGACUACCUGCACUGUAAAAAGCUGGUGCACCGUGACAUCAAGCCAGAAAACGUGCUGCUGUUUGAUAGGGAGUGCCGCAGGGUGAAGCUGUCCGAUUUCGGCAUGGCACGGUGCGCCGGCUCUGUGGUAAAGCGCGUCAGCGGCACCAUCCCGUACACGGCUCCCGAGCUGAGCGAUGCCUCCCAGCGCGAUGGCAUCUGUGUGGACUACAGCACAGAUGUGUGGGCCCUGGGGGUGCUUCUUUUCUGCAUGCUGACCGGCAACUUCCCAUGGGAAAAGGCCGUGCCCUCGGAUACGUUUUACGACGAGUUUGCCCGCUGGCAGCGUAGGCCGACGGGCACGGUCCCCUCGCAGUGGCGGCGCUUCAGCGACGAGGUGCUAAUUAUGUUCCGCAAGCUACUGGCCCUCGAACGUGAGCGGCGCUGCUCUGUCAAGGAGGUCUUUGCCCAUCUUGGCCAGCGCUGGAUGCUGGAUGGAGAGGCCGGAAGAGGUGGGGGAGGAGGACACCGCCAGGCGACGCACAGCUCCUCGUCAGAGGAGGAGGAGCUGCUGGUGGACCGGAUGAAACAGCAGACCCUGUCCCCAGGCAAGAAUGGCCCGGUGGAAGCAAUGGCAGGUCAUCACUUCAGCUCGGUUUCCACCAACAGCUCGGUAUCCUCCACGACCAGCUAUGAGCGUGUGCCUAGAGACAACGCCGCCCCCAGCAGCCGCAUCCUUGUCACUACGCCCAUCGAGAUCUGCGUCUAGACCUCACCGCUGUACACGACCAUAAACAGCCUCCUUCCCCAUACGGUUUCUCACUACUUCAUUACACAUAAGUAAUCUAUCUUACAAGGGGAUUAUAACACCGGAUCAAGCAAAAAAAUUAUUAGAUACACCAUGUAAUUUAUUGAGCUGGUUUUCGUGAUUAUUGUGGAUUUUAUUUCUUUUUUUGGUGAGGACACAUUGCACUCUUUUGGGAAAGAUUGUCUUCAAUGGAAUUCCUUUAAGAAAAGAAGUGCACAGAAAGGAGGAAAAAUAGGAGGAAAAAAAUGAGCACUGAUGCAGCAGAUCACAAGUAGGGCUAGACCAAAACAUAUUCCUUAAAGCAAUAUAUUAUGCAAAAAAGCAUAACGGAUAUGGACUGGGAGAACUGUUAGGAUCUCCAUUCCUGAUAUUGUAUCGAUCCGUGUUUUUCGGUGGAACCUGAAAUGUUUCUAAGAACUUUAUAUCUGAUGUCAAGGAAUUGUUUCAAACCACAUUAAGGGGAAAAAAAGGGACAUAAAUUGUGUGCGUGCUUCUCCGUGGGUGUGUUUUUUUCUUUUUGUAUUUUAUAGUGACGUUUGAUUUGUUUGUUUGUUUUCUUUUUCCAACUGUUUUAAGUCUAUAUUCAGAAGUAUAUUUUUUACAGUUAAUUUGUAGGUAAUUUAAUGGUUUUACAUUUUAAUUUAUUUUGGUACUCUGUCGAUGCACUCGUGCCAAGCCCUGUUGGCGUUGGUGCAGCCUCACUGCGAUGUCUAUGACUGUUUAUUCCCGGACAGAUUUCAAACAGGAUAGAGACGUGGAGCUGCAGUUGGCUGCUUAUUGUACUUGGCUCAAAGGCGUGACAAGCGGAACUAAUCUCGUGCCAGUGAGACGGUGCAGAACCUAAAGCCAGCUGUCAAUUUGAUCAGCCUUUUUUUAUUCCCCCCCCAAGGAGCAUUUUAGAAGAAUUUAAACUAUAAUGGUGCGGUGGUUAAAGCAGGGGUCCCCAAACUUUUUUCUGUGAGGGCCACAUAACUUUUCGCUUCUUUAAUGGGAAGUCCGUCUGUAACAGCAAAUGACUUGGGCCAGAGUGCCUACCAGUAUUACCAGUAUGGACAUUAAAUUAUGAUUUUAUAUGUAUUUAUUAUUACAUUAUUUAUUUUUUUCAUUGUUAUUGAAAUAAAAAUAUAUAGUGGGUGGGUGAAUCCAACAAAUAAUUAGGCUACAUUAAUAACUCAAUGGAUAGUGGAAUAAAAAAAACACCAUGUAAAAUAGUUCUGAACUUUAUUACAAAGAUAAAGAUAAAAAAAAACACUGUACUGAAUCAUGAAAAUGCGCUAAAGAAAAUUCAUUAAUAAGUAUAAUUAUGUAAUUCAUACAUUUUUUAUAAUAAAUAAAGCGCUCUCCGUGCAACACGCCGUCUCGCAUGUAAAAGCAAAUAGCAAAUAGUGAUUCGUCUCUAGAGGCCGCUCUCGUAAUGACAGCGGACCGGAAGCCGGAAAAACUACCGUAUGGAUUUAUUUCAAAAAUAUGGGGGCAGGCCAUAGUUUGGGGACCCUGGGUGAUUACUGCAUCUGACGAUCGGACAUAAAUAACUAAUAUAACUACUGUGUUUUUUUAAACUCCGCACAUUCGUCUAACAACUUGCAUCAAUGACACUGGUUUCCCAGAAGGUGAUGUAUUAUGAUGCAUUAUAAUUACAGAUAAAGUGUUUGAUUUACAAGUCUGAUCGAUUGCGACUAGGUUCGAGAUCCAUCAGCAGGUUGCACAUUUGCCGACCGACCAGCUCUCGACGUCAAACCAACAUAUCUAUUACAAGACUUACAGGUCCGAAGGACGUAUUUUUGCUGCUUCUCAAUUGUUUAUUUCUUAUAUAUUUUUUUUCUUUUACAGAUUGUUACAUAUAUUUUUUGGUAUCUUGUUUUAGACCUUUUUCCAAGCCGCUGGAGUGGACACACGUCACAUCGACCAAUUGCAUGUAAUGAGAUUCUGAUUUAGGAAAAUCUGUAAAUAUGAGAGAAUUGGUGUAAUGUGAAUUUAUUUUGCUGUAGCACAAUUUCUUGUGGACGGACGGAUAAAGCUUAAGGGAUUAACAAUUUGGGGCUUAAAAAAAUAAAUAAAUAAAUAAAAAGGCAAAAAAAAAGGCAGAUGAUAAUUGUACGUUUUCACUGUGUUGUAUUACUGUGCUGUCAUUGUGGUGGUGUUGUGUUUCUGUUUCCUCAAACCCAGAGGAAAAAAUAAAUAAAUCGCGUAAUAUUACAAUCGGGACGUGACACGAUUGAGCUGAACCUCA